UGCAGCCACUCGAUUGCUAACAAGCAACAGGGCCUUGAAAAAACUCUACCAAAAACUCAAAAAAUGGGCUCUCGGACACUUUCUUUGGCUGUGGAGGAGCAGCUUCGUAGCCUCUGUCUGAAGGACUUUCCAUGUGGGCAUGGCUGUUGGAGCAAAUCCAGAGGGAGUAUCUUUGAGGAACAGAGUUGGGGCUACAGCGAGCAGGACGAGGGGAGAGAAGGUGCAGCCAAGGAGGAGGAGGAGGCCCUUAUGGAGCACUUGACCAGUCCACUGUCCCCAUGGCAACAAGAGGGGUCAUGGAGCCCCCAAGCCCGAACCCUGAGAGAGCUGUCCGUGCGAACACCUGAACUUCUCCAUGGCAACUUUAUAUUCAGCCACUUCAACAUCCUACGUAUUGUAGACAAGGGUGUCUCCAUAGUCGAUGAUGGCGUGCUCAGGUUCUCCAAUCUAAGAGAGUUAGUGCUGAGUGCCAACAAAAUUUCUGAACUACAAGCAGAGUACCUGCCCUGCACUUUACAAGUUUUGGAGCUCUACGCCAACCAGGUUUCCAGCCUUAAAGGUCUUAGCAGCCAGCCUCUACCCUGCCUUCAGCAUCUGGGUCUGGGCUGCAACAGGCUGGGUUCCCACGCAGACAUCCAGUACCUCACUGGAACUCUAUGGCCACAGCUGGUAUCUCUGGACCUGAGCUGGUCUGGCUUCCAAGGACAGCGGGCCCUAGUGGAUGCCCUGGUCACCCUGCCUUGCCUGAGGACGUUGGUGCUGGAGGGCAACCCCCUUACCUUCACCCCUUCCUAUCCAGGCUUCAUCCUGGACAGCCUCCCGAGGCUGCUCUACCUGGACGCCACACGGGUUACACCGGAUGAUCACCAUCGCUUUGAAGGCCUGGCCAAGAUGAGAGACUGGAUAGUGGACCAGGCCAUGGCAACAGUGACAGUGCGAAGGAUCAGGGGUGUCCCGGACCCACUGCUGACUGUGGAUGAGAGUGCCCCUGAGUUCCCUGUGGUCAGCUACAGCUACUUUGUCAACUAUGAGUUCCUCAGCCAACCACCCCCUGGCAACAAGGCAUGAUAUCCCAUUUUUCUGUUUAGUCAUUCAACUUAAUUGAUUGUCAUAUUACAAUCUAGUUAUUGAUUGGUCACAGCAGGCUGGCAGUGACACUGCAUCCACAUCUAAUCCAAUGACACCCAUGGCGGAGAAGAUGGAUGCGGGCAUCGUUGGCAUCUAUCAGACACCAAAAGAGAACUGUGAGGAGGAAACAACCAACACUCCAAUGCCAGACACCACAGCCAGGACAAUGGAGAGUUUGGAAACUAACCAUUGUUCCAUUGAUGUGAUAAUGAACAGCACACAUAAGCUGGCAUGGGCAGAGUCCAUGGACUAUGACCACACAAGUGUGCAUAGUGUUGGUGACCUGGGGUCCUUCAAGUCCUUUGUCCUUCGUGGGCUCUGGUUGACUGUGGAGGAGGAGAAGGUCCUCUCAUGGCCUGCCCCUUCAGGAGAACAGCCAAUAAUCAAAUCUACAACAGAAAAGAAAGGGGGGAAAGAGUGUGCGCGACCACCAAGCAACACUUGUUCCAACCAAAAAUCAAAAGACAAGAAGAAGAAGAAA